AUAGUCGAAGAUAAAAUCCUAUUAGGCAAAAUAUUAGUCUGAGUGUCUAAUUUCAAACGAAUUAAUUUAGUAAUAAGUGUUUCAAAGUGUUAGCGUUCGUAUUUCUAUGUCUACAAAAGUGAGUUACAUAACCUUGAAUUGAAUCACGGGAUUUCAGUAUUGAUCAGUAUUUUUUAUUGUUGAAUAAAUUUAGAGGAUUUAUUAUCAGACCUGACACGCUUGGGCGCUGACACAGAAAAACAGCAAAUAUGCAUCGUGCUAGAGUUGUUCUUCAGGUGUCAAACAAAGUAGGAAAAAAUGAGAGGUUUGCGUCAUGGCUUCUCAAUAAAUCACAGAAUGCCGCUGUGACAGUAAACGCCAGUAGGUGGAAAAGUUCCACAGCGGCAGAACCCUUCCUCAAUGGCUCCAGCUCUGCAUAUGUGGAGACCAUGUACAAUUCAUGGCUCUCUGACCCUAACUCCGUACAUGCGUCCUGGGAUGCAUUCUUCCGCAAUGCGACCAACGGUGCACAGCCUGGCGCCGCUUAUACAUCGCCUCCUAACCUCGCGCCAUAUAACAAAAAUGAGGUACCACUCACAGCUCUCGUGCCUACAUCUGGUGGAAUGUCUUCAAUAUCUGCAGGCUCACCUAUCAAUGAGAAGAUAAUUGAUGAUCAUCUCGCUGUCCAAGCUAUUAUUAGGAGUUAUCAGUCUCGUGGUCAUCUUGUGGCGCAACUCGAUCCCCUGGGCAUCUCUACGGGUGAUCCAGCGUCGAGUGGCGAGUGGCACGGUGAUUUGAGAGCCUUCGCCAACGAGGCUGUUAUUAGACAACACGUACGCUUCGAUGAAGCCGAUAUGGAUAGGGUAUUCAAACUGCCCUCCACUACUUUCAUUGGCGAGAAAGAAAAAGCAUUACCACUUAGGGAGAUCUUGAGCCGCCUGGAACAAGCUUACUGCAACAACAUUGGUAUCGAAUUCAUGUUUAUUAACUCAUUGGAACAAUGCAAUUGGAUUAGGCAGCGUAUGGAACCACCCAACGUAACUAAAAUGAGUCCCGAUCAGAAGAGACUUAUCCUUGCACGUCUUACUAGAUCUACUGGAUUCGAGAAUUUCUUGGCAAAGAAAUGGUCCUCGGAAAAGCGUUUCGGUCUGGAGGGUUGUGAAAUCCUGAUUCCUGCCAUGAAGCAGGUGAUCGACGUCUCUACGCGCCUUGGUGUUGAAUCCAUCAUCAUGGGAAUGCCUCACAGAGGUCGUCUCAAUGUUUUGGCCAAUGUCUGCCGUAAACCACUCCACCAGCUGUUUACCCAGUUUGCGGGUCUCGAAGCAGAAGAUGAUGGAUCUGGUGACGUCAAAUAUCACUUGGGUACAUACAUUGAGCGGCUGAACCGAGUAACAAACAAGAACAUUCGGCUGGCGGUUUGCGCUAACCCAUCUCACUUGGAAGCUGUCGACCCUAUAGUGCAGGGCAAGACCAGGGCUGAGCAAUUCUACAGGGGUGACAAUGAAGGCAAAAAGGUGAUGUCUAUCCUGCUUCAUGGUGACGCCGCGUUCGCCGGCCAAGGUGUGGUGUUCGAGACUAUGCACUUGUCCGACCUCCCUGCCUACACCACCCACGGAACCAUUCACAUCGUGGUCAACAACCAGAUCGGAUUCACAACUGAUCCCAGGCACUCGCGCUCUUCUGCCUACUGCACAGACGUGGCCCGCGUGGUGAACGCUCCGAUCUUCCACGUGAACAGCGACAAUCCAGAGGCAGUGAUGCACGUCUGCAACGUGGCCGCCGAGUGGCGCGCUACCUUCCACAAGGAUGUCGUUAUUGACAUCGUGAGCUACCGCCGCAACGGGCACAACGAGGUCGACGAACCUAUGUUCACGCAACCUCUUAUGUACCAGAAGAUUCGCAAGACUAAACCUGUCUUGGAAAUAUAUGCUGACCAGCUAAUCGCCGAAGGAGUUGUUACCGCAGAAGAAGUGAAAGAUGUCAAGGAUAAAUAUGAGAAGAUCUGCGAGGAUGCAUACAAUCAGGCUAAACAGGAAACACACAUUAAAUAUAAGGAUUGGCUUGAUUCCCCCUGGUCUGGUUUCUUUGAGGGCAAAGACCCACUGAAGAUGUCGCCUACUGGAGUUGCUGAGGAGACCUUGGUUCAUAUUGGCAAACGUUUUUCAUCGCCGCCACCGAACGCAGCUGAAUUCGUGGUUCACAAGGGUCUGCUCCGUAUCCUGAAGGCACGAAUGGAGAUGGUAGAGAAUCGCCAAGUAGACUGGGCUUUAGGAGAAGCCAUGGCGUUUGGAUCACUUCUCAAGGACGGCAUUCACGUCAGAUUGUCUGGAGAGGAUGUUGAGAGAGGAACAUUCUCACACAGACAUCACGUUCUCCACCAUCAAAAAGUUGACAAGGCCACUUACUGCCCACUGGCACAUCUCUACCCUGACCAAGCUCCAUACACUGUUUGUAACAGCUCAUUAUCUGAAUAUGGUGUAUUGGGUUUCGAAGUGGGAUAUUCAGUAACCAACCCAAAUGCUCUGGUAUUGUGGGAGGCACAGUUUGGAGAUUUCAACAAUGUGGCGCAGUGCAUCAUCGAUCAGUUCAUCUCCAGCGGACAGUCUAAGUGGGUGCGACAGUCUGGCAUCGUAUUGUUGCAGCCACACGGUAUGGAGGGCAUGGGCCCUGAACACUCUUCGGCUCGCUUGGAGAGGUUCUUGCAAAUGAGCGCCGAUGAUCCAGACUACAUGCCACCUGAGAGCCCCGACUAUGAAGUGCGUCAACUGCAUGACUGCAACUGGAUUGUGGCGAACUGCUCGACUCCUGCAUCCUAUUUCCACAUCAUGCGUCGCCAGAUUGCGUUGCCGUUCCGCAAGCCUCUCAUCCUAAUGACUCCCAAAUCGCUGCUGCGUCACCCUGAAUGUAAAUCCUCGUUCGAUGACAUGAACGAAGGCACCGCAUUCAGAAGAGUGAUCCCUGAAGAAGGUCCAGCAUCCCAGAAUCCGCAGAAAGUACGCAAGCUGGCAUUCUGUUCAGGCCGCGUCUAUUAUGACUUGCUUAAAGAGCGCCGUGACAGAGGACUGGAAGGCGACAUCGCUAUCGCUAGAUUGGAGCAAAUCUCGCCGUUCCCCUUCGAUUUAGUCAAGGCAGAAGUUGCCAAGUAUCCUAACGCUCAGCUAGUAUGGAGCCAAGAGGAGCACAAGAAUAUGGGAUCAUGGAGCUAUGUCGAACCACGCUUCCGCACCCUCCUGCAAAACCAGAAGCAGAUUAGGGCAAAGUCCCAAUCCAAAGGUUGGUUUAGUCAACUUUUCGGCAGUGGUCAGGAGCCUGCCCCACAAACUGAAUCGGCAACUGAAACAGUGCCGCGCACCAUUAGUUACAACGGCAGGGCGACCGCUGCAUCGCCAGCUACAGGAUCGAAGGCCGCUCACAACAAGGAACUGAAGAAUCUUCUCGACGAAUUCUGCGUAUUAUAAGCGACUUCACUGCACACGCUUACAUUUGGCUUCGAUACGAAUCGCCGAUGAUAGUUUAGUAACCCAAUAUGCCAUAGAGUAUAAACGAAACGUAUCUAAAUCAUCAGUAGGUACAAUCCAAACUCGAAACGGAAUUUAUCUUUGACUAUAUUAAUUUUUACCGAAAUUAUAUUUUUCUCUCCAACAUAACUGUCAGUAUUUGUUGUAAUUCUCCUCACGAUUAGCUAGAGUAGUUAGAUAAAUUCUAAUUUAUUUAUUUAAUGUAGCAUAAUAUGUGGCGUAGUUUGUAACGUUAUUUAUUUUGGUACGUAAAGCAAUAUUCAGCUAUGUCUGUUACAUUACCUUUGUAGUAAUUAGCUAUGUGCAAAACGGUGUAAUUUAUUUAUGACUUAGAGUAGCGUCAUUUACGCUUGUUAUUUUUUGUAAAUAAAUAUUAUAAUGUUAUUUUUUUAUUUUAUUAACACAUUGGUGGAUUUAUUUUUGGAUGGUUUUAAUAUGGAGCAAAUUUUUCGCAGAGUUACAUAAUAGGCUAUUCCUACGUAUGCCAUGUUAGUCUAUAUAUGAAUAUGGGGUUGUUUCGCACUAAUGCUCUUUACGUACCUUUGUACUAGUCUGGAAAUAGUCUUGUAUCAGUGACUAAUGUGAAUAUCAUUCAUUAUUACCGCUACCAGUGUUGCCAGAUGCGAUGUUUUAUUUCGCCUCAAUUUACAAAUAUUUUUUUCUAGAAUUGAAUUUAUUUUUUAUUUUUACUCAAUCAAAAACGUGGUUCGGUUUUCAUUGUUUUACCAUAUUACCGUUAUGCGAACGAAAAAAACAACACCGGUCUAAGUUGACUUUUUUAUUUUAUUGUUACCAUUCCAAGUGCACUUCGUUACCUGUAUUGGUAUAUCCUGUGGACCAAAAAAUUAUUCUAAUUUCUUCACAUCUAUUUUAUUUUUCUUUGAAAAUAUUUUAACAAUUUAAUUUCUCCAAAAAAUUGAUUUCUUUAACAUUUCGUUGACAUAAAUUUUUUUACUAAAAAUUGCGAAAUAAUAUCAAAUCUUGCAACACUGACCGCAACACUAGUGUAACAGUGGUACGGGUAUCUCGCCAGCAAUUAUUAAAUUUGUCUUGUUGCUGUAUAGUAUAUUAUACAGUAUACAGAAUUAAGUCUAAAUUUGAAUAAUAAGUUGUUUGCUGCGUCGGAGUGGUAUGGUUAUAAUAUUGACAUAAAAUUUUUCACUGAUGCGAAACGCAAUCUUUAAACAUGUUAUUGUACAUUUUAGAGUUUUCGUGAGGCUGUUAAAUAUCUGUUGUAAUUCUGCUAUCGUGCUACUAUACCUAGUUUUUAUUCAAAAUCGUAUAACGAUAUUAUAUGAGAUAUUAUUAGGUAAUAUUACAAUUUAUCGGUAUAGUAAAUUGCACUGUAGUCCGUAAAGCACAUUCGUAUAAAAUUAUUAUAGUAGCCAACGAUUAUUUAUCGUCACUAUGGUCGUUAUGUUUUGCAUCCGGCCGCAUCUUUGUAUAGAUUUAGUUCGCUCAUAGUUACCGCCGUUCUAAACGGCUCGUGUAAGGAAUAACACCAAGGCCCAUCGCUUUGUAUAAACCAUAUUGCAUAUUGUCUACGAGUUUGUUGUUACCUAUUCUGUAUGUAGAAUUUAAUACUUUUCCCUUUAAGGAGAAUCGGCUGUUCAAAUUUAUAGUACAUUGUUUUCUUAUUAUCGUUAAGAGGUCACAUUUGCUAAGAAGCGUAAUACCGCAAUCUCCUAUCCCAUUUUGUUGGUAUUGUUAUCAUUUUAUAAUAUUUUAAAACACAUAAAUUGUUCAUGUUUAAUUGUUUAUAUUGGUUAUAAUUAUAACAAAUUUCUUUUUAAAUUAUUCUUAUAUGUAAUUUAAACAAAGAUUUUAUAGUACAUUGACGUGCUAUGACAAAAUUAUUGAAUACAUUUUGAUGAAAUAUUUCGAAAUUAUCUAUAUAGGUAUCUUGAUUGAUAGAUUGACAGAUUUAUCAACAAACUGUUGAGGUUAGAAACUUUUUUAACGUAAGUGUAUACAAUCCUUUUAUGAAUAUAUAAUCUAAAAAAGCCAAAAAAAUCUCAGGAUUGCGUUAUAACUCUUCGCAAAUUUAGUCUCUUAACUCUGUUGUUGUCCAUUUGAUUUGUCUCUAUUAAAAAUAUUAUAUGUAUUUGAAACUAUUUAGCUUUGUAACACUAUUCGCAUAUAUAAUGCACUAUUUAUCGUUUAAAACGUAUUAUUUUGAUGUUAGCAUAUUUUCGAUUAUAGCUCGGAAAGUUUGAAGAAUUGAAUGUCAAAGGGAUUUGAAUGUUAGGAUUGUUUGAUAGGCAGGAAACGCGAGCUAAUUUAACGAUACGUUAGUUUGAACUAUUUAAUUUACAAUACAACAUACAAGAAAA